UUCGCGCUGCAAAGGGCAGGAACCCGAUCGGAGUUGUGUGGACCGUCCUUGCUCCAAGUUUCCUUCCCCCGUUGCUCGUGCAAGCCGCCCAUUCUCAGGACCAGGAUGUCUGAAGAGCAAGAAGAAGCAGGCGAUCUUCUGACAGACAGCGAGGAAAGUGUUUAUUCUGGACUGGAAGAUUCUGGAAGUGACAGCCUUACAGAAGAAGAGGAAGACCAGGAUCAUGGAGCUGAGGAGAAGAAGUCAAAAGGGAAGUUGCGCUCCAGAAAUACUCAAGCUGGAGAAGCAGCAGAGCCGGGUACAGCGGCAGAUCAACGAGAGCCUCCCUUGCCGAACGAGUACGAGGAAGACAGCUCUGACGAGGAGGUAAGAUCGCCUCGGCUCCUUCGUGUGGUCAAGCAGCCCCUGGGCUUCUCUGGCCGGGGGGUCCGGAGGGCGUCCAGGCCAGUCCGCCAGCAAAGGCGGCUGGUUGCCUCACCCUUCGCUGGACUCAGGCCAGCGCACCUUGAGGGCUUGGUGGGUCUUGAGCGGCUGGCCCGUCGGAGGCCCCACACGCCCCGGUCGGAGUCACUGGGGCUCCUCUAA